UGCUGCCUCCCCGGGGUCCCUCGUGGCACUGGGUGCUGUGCCCUGCUGCUUUCGCUUCCCCUUCCCGGCCCGGGGGAUGUGCCAUGGUGCCUGGGCGCGGGGGACACCCCAGUCGGGGGUGUAGGGCACGUGCCUGCCCUGGUGUCACCCCAGAGCUGGGGCCGGGAGGGUGCCCGGGUGCGUGGCACGGCGCGGUGCCCCGGGGCAGGGCGGGGGGACUGCCGCGCCGGGCGGAUGGGGUGACAUCUCCGGGGCAGGAUCUGGCCCAGCCGGUAGCGGGGGAUUCUUGAGAUGGAACUUAUGGGAGGGUGCUGGUUUCUGCAGGAUAGGGGGGAUAUGCAGGGAACAACCCCAGCAGGGUCAUGGCAGUGGGGCAGGGGCAAAGGACCCCCAUCCUGAGGGUCCCCCACACCCCAGGCGAUGGGAGCCACCCUGGGGUACCUGGGGCAAAGGGCUCUUCCUGAGGGUGCUGCUGGGAGCAGGAUGAGGAGAGUCUGUUGGUCGUGGAACCCUUGGGAAGCAGGAUGAAGGGUCCUCACCCCAUGAGUCAGGGUGAUCCUGGGAGCAGGAUAAUGGGUUUCUAUUGAUCAUGGAAUCCUUGAGAAGCAGGAUGAGGGAUGUUAGUGGGAUCCCUGUGGAUCAGGGUGGUCAUGGUAGCCGCAUGGUGGCUGUCUAUUGAUUAUGGAACCUUUGGGAAGCAGGAUGAGGGGUGUCUACGGGAACCCCAUGGAUCAGAGUGGUCACAGGAGGAGGGAUGAGGGGUGUCUAUUGGAAUCCCAUGGAUCAGAGUGGUCACAGGAGCAGAAUGAGGGGUGUCUAUGGGAACCCCAUAGGUCAGGGUGGUCACAGGAGCCGGAUGAGGGGUGUCUGUGGGGUCCAAAUGGGUCAAGGUUCAUGGUGGCAGUGUGGUGGCCGUGGGAGUUCCACCAUCCCUCCAAGGGGGAGGUCCCAUUCCAUCCUAUCCCAUCCCAGACCUUGUCCCCACUGCCAGCCCCACGGAGGCGGGGCCCAGUCCUUCCCGCCCCUGUCCAUGGGGCCCAGCCCCACAGCAUUUAGGGACCCCCACACCGAGCCUCGGCAGUGCCUGCCUGGCCUCACGCUCUUCCAGCUUCCACACAAGCUCCCAGGGCCACCACGCUCUCCAUGGAGACCGGCAGCUCCUUCCAACAGCUUGGCAUGCAGCAGCCCCUCGAGCCCCCCAGGCAGCAGCUCCAGGGCUACGGCAAGUGCAGCACCACGGGCAGUGAUCCUGGCACAGAUCCUGGGAAAGCUGCUGGGUGCAGUGGAGGCAGCGGGAUCGGGAAGGGGCCAGUGCCGAUGGUCUGCAGCACUCCGUGUGGGAACCCCUAUGGGGGGCUGGUGAGCCACCUGCGGGCAUCCUGGCUCUCGGGGAAGACGCGGCCCAUGGAAUACCGUGUGGCCCAGCUGGAGGCUCUGGGACGCUUCCUGGAUGACAAGAAGGAGGAGAUCCUGGAAGCCACCGAAUUGGACAUGGGCAAGCCAUCCUUCGAGGCUUUCUUCAGCGAGAUCCUCCUCUGCAAGAAUGAGCUCAAUGUCACCCUCAACAACCUGUCCCAAUGGAUGAAGGAUGAGCACGUGGACAAGAACCUGGUGAUGCAGCUGGACUCUGCCUUCAUCCGCAAGGACCCCUACGGGGUGGUGCUCAUCAUAGCACCCUGGAACUACCCCAUCCACCUCUUCCUGGUGCCCCUCAUCGGGGCCAUCGCUGCUGGGAACUGUGCCAUCAUCAAACCCUCAGAGAUCUCCAAGAACACAGAGAGGCUCGUUGCUGAAACGCUGAGCUGUUACCUGGACAAUGACUGCUUUGCUGUGGUGACCGGUGGCGUGCCAGAGACCACCAGGCUGCUGGAGAACAAGUUUGACUACAUCUUCUUCACUGGCAGCCCCGCGGUGGGGCGGAUCGUGAUGACGGCCGCUGCCAAGCACCUGACGCCGGUGACGCUGGAGCUGGGGGGCAAGAACCCCUGCUACGUGUCCGACACCUGCGACGUGACCAACGUGGCGCGGCGCGUGGCCUGGGGCCGCUUCUUCAACGCGGGGCAGACCUGCAUCGCGCCCGACUACCUGCUCUGCACCGUGGAGAUGCAGGAGAAGCUCAUGCCCGCCCUGCGUGCAGCCAUCACCGAGUUCUUCGGCCCCAACCCCCGCGAAUCGCCGGAUUUUGGCCGCAUUGUGAGUGACAAGCAGUUCCGGCGGCUCCGGGCGCUGCUGUGCAGCGGGCGCGUGGCCCUCGGGGGACAGACGGACGAGGCAGAACGCUACAUCGCCCCCACGGUGCUGGCGGACGUGCUGCCCUCGGACCCUGCCAUGCAGGAGGAGAUCUUCGGGCCCAUCCUGCCCAUUGUUGUCAUCGCCAACAUGGAUGAAGCCAUCGACUUCAUCAACGCGCGGCCGCGGCCCUUGGCCCUCUACGCCUUCUCCUGCGACAGCAAGAUAGUGAACCAGGUCCUGGAGCGGACGAGCAGCGGAGGCUUCUGUGGCAAUGACACCCUGAUGCACUUGACACUGACCUCGCUGCCCUUCGGAGGCAUUGGGAACAGCGGCCUGGGAAAAUACCACGGGAAGUUCACCUUCGACACCUUCUCCCACCACCGCGGCUGCCUGCACCGGAGCAUGGGGCUGGAGACGCUCAACGCCCCGCGCUACCCCCCCUACACCCCGCAGAAGCUGGGGCUCCUCACCACCACCUUCGAGGUGAAGCGCAGGGGCACCUGCACCCUGCUCUGAGGCUGCUGUGUCCUGCCCUGAGGAUGCCACGGAGUCAGCGUGGAGAGCGGGGACUGUCCCCCUCUCCCUCUUCAUCCCGUUCCCCACUUCCUCGCCGUGUCCUUCGCCUGAAGCAUGGAGCAUGUUGGACAGAUGGGAUGCACAUCCCCUCCUGCACCCUUGUGGCCUCUGCUCCGAACCAUUUUCCAGGACACAGCUGAAACAACUAAAAACUUUUUCCUACUCCAAACCUCUCUUUCUGGUGGAGAAGUGCUUCCAUCAGUCCCGUCUCCCCUCACACAGACUUUUCCUUUGGAACAAACCUCUCUCCCUCCUCGCCGUUGCUCCUUGCUCCGUGUAACUCUGCCUAUAGUAAAGACUUC